UAAUUUACCCAAUAAAUAAAUAAAUAAAUAAAUAAUCACAUCAUUAUAUAAACACCACAAAUCACAACCUCAAACAGAUUAUAAUUAUUAAUUAAAAUUCACAAAAAUGCAAAAAAUGAAUUAUUUCACCGCCGCCGCCCUCCUCCUCCUGCCGUCGCUCCUCUUCCUCCAAACCACCCACGCAAUCAUCUUCAACAUCAAGAACAACUGCCCCUACACCAUCUGGCCAGCCGCCGUCCCCGGCGGCGGCCGCCGCCUCGACUCCGGCCAGACGUGGACACUCGGCUUCCCCAGCCGGUGCAAGCUCGCCAAAAUCUGGGCCCGAACCAACUGCACCUUCGACACCUCCGGCCGUGGGAAAUGCCUCACCGGCGACUGCAACGGCGAUCUCCAGUGCAAAUCCUACGGGUCGCCGCCGCACACGCUGGCGGAGUACGGGCUGAACUCGUUCAACCACCACGACUACUACGACGUGUCCGUGAUGGAGGGGUUCAACGUGCCGAUCGAGUUCACCCCGACGAACAACGGGUGCACCCGACCCGUGAGGUGCGCGGGCGAUAUAACGGGUCAGUGCCCGACCCAGCUGAAGACCCCGGGCGGGUGCCACAACCCGUGCACGGUGUUCAAAACGACGCAGUAUUGCUGCCACUCUGGACCAUGCCACCCAACGGAUCUUUCGCGCUUUUUCAAGACUAGAUGCAAAGACGCGUUUACGUUUCCCGAGGAUGAACCAACUAGCACUUUCCUUUGCCCGCCGGCCACCAGUUAUAGAGUUGUUUUCUGUCCUUAAAUUAAUUAAUAAUAUUUUUAUUUUUAUUUUUGUUUUUAUUAAUUACUCUUAAUUUUGUUUUAUGUGGUUGUUUUUUUUUUCUUUUUGCGUGUAUAAUCAAUAAGCCUUUGAUCACUUCACUAAUGUAUUUGUGACGUGUAUCGGAUUUUCUUGGUAAUUUUUAUUU